CUUACGAAGUACCCCCUCCAAACUUCAGCUUACUUCCUAAGAGCAACAAACCACCUCGUCAACCCCAACCUAUCAAUCAUUAUGGAUCAGAUCAAGAACAAAAUGGCUGCCCUCAGGGCCGAGGCCGAUGAGUCUGCCGCCCGUGCCGAUGAGUUCAAGGCCAAGGUCAAGACAUUGGAGACCGAGAACACACAGAAGGAGCAGGAGAUCACUUCCUUGUCACACAGGAACCAAGUCCUCGAGGCUGAGGUCGAGAAGUUGGAAUCGUCAGUCAAGACCUACAAGGAUGAAGCUGGUGCCGGUGCUCAGGCAGGCACUCAAGCCGAGAGCCUUCAACGCAAGAUUCAGGUGCUUGAGGAAGAGGCUGAGGAGUCUGACAGGACUAUUCGCGAAUUGAACGAGAAGCUCCGCCAAACCGAUGUCAAGUCCGGCCACUACGAGCGCAAAGUCCAGGCCCUCGAGCAGGCCCGCGACCAAUGGGAAUCCAAAUACGAGGAGGUCGUCAAGAAGUACGACGACAGCCAGAAGCAGCUCCAGGAGCUUCUCGGUGAGCUUGGUAACAUCUGAUCAUCGAGUGUCUGUCAUUUUUCCGGGCCCGGAACGACCUGGUUAAGGAGCAGCAGGGUAGAGCAGAGCAUCGGAUAGUGAUUUCUCGGCAUGGAAUGGGCCAUUUCCUUGCGCUGGCUGAGCUUUGCAAGUGCUUGAAAAUGGUGGUAGGGCGGUGUGGACACGGUUAAUUUGUACGCUUUAGAUUCUCUCAAAGCGUGACAAUAGAAUGUUGGCAGUUUCCCCCUCACUAGUAGCACGUCCUGGCGAUAUGCUUUCACCUUCAAUAUGGCGAAGUACGUUGGAGCACUACCUAGUCACUUUAUAUCAUGCUCCAUAGCGUGUAUUUGUGCCUUCACACAUAAUAAGAUUGAAAUUCCCCCUUAUCCUCAACCACCUGG